AUGGCUCCCGAGGUCUUCGAAGAAGACAUGAAGAAAGCCGCCUUCACGCAUCGGAACGAUGCCGGAGAAGUGCAGAAGCUGCAGCAGGAUAUCUACUACGAGAAAGUCUACGCAUGCGAAGAAGCGGAGCUGGAAAACUUGCCGGAAGGCGAGUUGGGCCGGCUGGCCAAAGCCCUGAAAGAUUACAAGAAGCUGAAGGUCCUGCGCCUCCGCAAGAUUGAGGUGGGCGAAGCAGAGGCCGAGGAGUUCGGCAAGGCACUUGGGCUGAACAGCACAAUCAAUGAGCUGGAGAUCCGCGUCGCUGCCCGCUCCAAGUACGGUUCGGAUCGGUAUUCGGCACUGUGGAAGGCACUCGCAGAUGCACUGAAGUCAAACCGUACUGUCACCCACAUCAACCUCAAAAGCCAAGCAAUCGGAGACGAGGGCGCCAAGGCACUUGCAGAUGUCCUGAAGUCCAACCGUACUGUCACCCGCAUCAACCUCGGCAAUAACGAUAUCGGAGACGAGGGCGCCAAGGCGCUCGCACAUGCUCUGAAGUCCAACAGUACUGUCACCGACAUCAGCCUCGAAGGCAACAAGAUCCGAGAAGAUGGCGCCAAGGUGCUUGCAGAUGUGCUGAAGUCCAACCGUACUGUCACGCACAUCUACCUCGGAGGCAACAGAAUCGGAGACGAGGGCGCCAAGGCACUUGCAGAUGCACUGAAGUCCAAUCAUACUGUCACACACAUCGAGCUCAAUCUCAACAGCAUCGGGGCCCUGGGGGUCAAGGCACUCGCAGAUGCCCUGAAGUCCAACCGUACCGUCACCUACAUUAACCUCGCAACCAACAUCAUCGGAGACGAGAACGCUGAGGCACUUGCCGAUGUCCUGAAGUCCAACCGUACUGUCACCCGCAUCAACCUCCGCAAUAACGAUAUCGGAGACAAGGGCGCCAAGGCACUCGCAGAUGCCCUGAAGUCCAACCGAACCAUCACCGAAAUCGACCUCGAACGCAACAGCAUCGGAGAGGAGGGCAUCAAGGCACUCGCAGAUGCCCUGAAGUCCAACCGUACUGUCACCUCCAUCAACCUCCAAGACAACAUGAAUAAUCGAGAGGCACUCGCAGAUGCCUUGACGUCCAACCAUGCUGUCACCUACAUCAACCUCGACUACAACAAUAUCGGAGACAAGGGCGCCAAGGCACUCGCAGAUGCCCUGAAGUACAACCGAACCAUCACCGACAUCGACCUCGAACGCAACAGGAUCGGAGAGGAGGGCAUCAAGGCACUCGCAGAUGCUCUGAAGUCCAACCGUACCGUCACCUGCAUCAACCUCACAUCCAACAGUAUCGGAGACGAGGGCGCCAAGGCACUCGCAGAUGCCCUGAAGUCCAACCGUACUGUCACCCACAUCAACCUCAGCAACCAAGCAAUCGGAGACGAGGGCGCCAAGGCACUUGCAGAUGCCCUGAACUCCAACUGCACCGUGAUCUACAUUAAUCUCACAGGCAACAAGAUCGGGGUCGAGGGCGCCAAGGCACUCGCAGAUGCCCUGAAGUCCAACCGUACCGUCACCCACACAGACGCAGGCGCCAAGGAUAUCGAAGAAGCGGCGAAGGGCUCUGCAGAUGCAACGAAGUCCCAGGCUUGGACGGGAAAAGUGCGCAUCGAGGCUCUCGCGAAGCUGCUGACGACCAACAGCGGCACCACCCGCCUAAACCUCCCAGACAAAAACAUCACAGUGGAGGGCUGCCAGGCACUCGCGCAUGCCCUGAAGUCCAACCGCACUGUCACCCACAUCAGCCUCCAAUACAACAGAAUAAUCGGAGACGAGGGCACCAAGGCACUCGCAGAUGCCUUGACGUCCAACCAUGCUGUCACCUACAUCAACCUCGACUACAACAAUAUCGGAGACAAGGGCGCCAAGGCACUCGCAGAUGCCCUGAAGUACAACCGAACCAUCACCGACAUCGACCUCGAACGCAACAGGAUCGGAGAGGAGGGCAUCAAGGCACUCGCAGAUGCUCUGAAGUCCAACCGUACCGUCACCUGCAUCAACCUCACAUCCAACAGUAUCGGAGACGAGGGCGCCAAGGCCAGGCGUUGCUCUUUGCAGCGUGCAGUUUCGACCCCGCUUUUCCCCUCUGAAAGGCACUCGCAGAUGCCCUGA